AACAAUCGGAACAAUUGAGCGUUUGGUAAUUGGACACUAGGAUCAGGGAAUCCCAUCUCUGUAACAAUUUCAAUGUAUUUUCGAAGUCACAUUGUAACUGUAAGUACUGUUUGAGGUCGUUGCGUACGUUUCUUCGUUUAUAUCAGGCCCUAUUCUCCGAUGAGAUUAUUUUAUUUUUGCGUGUAUGAGGUCUGUCGGGAGAUUAAAACAUAAGAGAAAUGCAGGGAUUUGUGAGGCUACAUUUGCACCGUUGAACUGCUCUUCUUCUACACUUUCCUCGUUCGUUCAUGGAACCAUGGAGUGAAAUAUCGCCUUAGAAAGCGCGAGGCACCAGACGAAUUCCACUCCGAGACAUCUGGAUCUAAACCUCGCCACACCGACUACUUUAAACCCCAGACAGCGUGUUAACGACUUUACAUCUCAACCGUGGGAUACCUUUUCUGUGUUGGCCAAGGCAGGGAACCUCAUGAACCCCUGCCGCUACUCUCUACAGCGGAAAGAGUUAAUAAAAAGCUUCGGGCACCUAUAACCGUGCGCAGUUUUGCAUUUGAAUACAGCCUGGCUGUAUGAGGGACAGAGAGCGUAGGUUAUCUGAUUGUUUUUAAGUGGUCGAGGGAGAUUUGGUUAUAUUGUGAAAUGGUAAAACUAGAUAGAAGGGGGACAAAACGUAUUUAAAAUCGCCCACAUGCACUGGAUCAAUCGCUGUAUUGGGCCACGGAAUACGAAGAAGUGGGAAGACACGAGUUUCAAAUCUUUGCAGGCUGGAAGAUGGCAGGGGGGUGUAGUUGGAGGUGGUGAGAGCCGAGCUUCUGGCCACUUCAAAUUUAUUUGUAAACAACUUGCCCCUAUUCAUAGGACACAUGCAGGCCAAAAAACGAUAUUUAAUCCUGCUCUCCGCCGGUGCAUGUCUAGUUCUACUGUUCUACUUUGGAGGCGUACAACUUCCAGCUUCGGACAGGAACCGGCAUGACCGUAGCCAAAAUGGAUAUCGCCCCGACCAGCCGUGGCCACACUUCUCUGACCCUUUACAACAGUUCCUACCCUGGGAUCAACUGGACACCGAGGAAUACAACAUGCACAUAUCGCCAAGGCAGAAGAGGGACGUUAAUACAAGUGUGCACAAAGGCAAAAGAUGUCGCAUGGAUUCGUGCUUUGAUUUCUCUGCAUGCAAAAAGAACGAUUUCAAAGUGUAUGUAUACCCCCAGCAAAAGGGGGAGAAAAUGUCAGAAAGUUACCAGAAUAUUUUGUCGAUCAUUGAGGGAUCCAGGUUCUACACCACUGACCCGGGUCAAGCUUGUCUAUUCAUUCUGAGCUUGGACACCCUGGACCGGGACUCGCUCUCUCCGCAGUACGUGCACAAUCUCAAAACCAAGGUCCAGAACCUUCAUCUCUGGAAUAACGGCAGAAACCACCUCAUAUUUAACUUGUACUCUGGGACAUGGCCGGACUACACGGAAGACCUAGGUUUCGACAUAGGCCAAGCCAUGUUGGCCAAGGCCAGCAUCAGUACCGAGAUCUUCAGGCCCAACUUUGAUGUGUCCAUUCCGCUGUUCUCCAAGGAGCACCCUAGGACCGGAGGGGACAGAGGGUACCUAAAGUACAACGCCAUCCCACCUUUCAGGAAAUACAUGCUUGUGUUUAAGGGGAAGCGAUACCUUACAGGUAUAGGGUCAGACACGAGGAAUGCCUUAUAUCAUGUCCAUAACCAGGAGGAUGUGGUGCUCCUCACCACCUGCAAACACGGCAAGGAUUGGCAGAAACACAAGGAUGCACGCUGCGACAAGGACAACGCAGAAUAUGACAAAUAUGACUACAGAGAGAUGCUGCACAACUCCACUUUCUGCCUGGUGCCUCGGGGCAGACGCCUGGGAUCCUUUCGCUUCCUAGAGGCGCUGCAAGCAGCCUGUGUGCCUGUGAUGCUGAGUAACGGCUGGGAGCUGCCCUUCUCUGAGAUCAUCAACUGGAACACGGCGGCCGUCAUCGGGGACGAGAGGCUCCUGCUGCAGAUCCCGUCCACGGUGCGCUCCAUCCAUCAGGAUAAGAUCCUAGCUCUGAGGCAGCAGACCCAGUUCCUUUGGGAGGCCUACUUCUCCUCUGUGGAGAAGAUUGUGCUGACCACUCUGGAGAUCAUCCAGGACCGGGUGCUGCAGCAGGAAUCCAGGAGCACCUUGAUGUGGAACAGCCACCCCGGGGGGCUCUUCACCCUGCCACAGUACUCUGCCCACUUGGGAGACUUCCCCUUCUACUAUGCCACACUAGGUAUAAAACCGUACCCCAAGUUCACAGCAGUCAUCCAUGCAGUCACCCCCCUGGUCUCCCAAUCCCAGCCCAUCCUCAAGCUGCUGGUGGCUGUUGCCAAAUCGCAGUACUGUGCACAGAUCAUUGUGCUGUGGAACUGUGACAAGCCUCUCCCUGCCAAGCACCACUGGCCUGCCACCUCUGUGCCCGUCAUUGUCAUCGAGGGAGAAAACAAGGUGAUGAGCAGUCGCUUCCUGCCCUACGAGACCAUGGUUACCGACGCCGUGCUCAGUCUGGAUGAGGACACAGUGCUCUCGACAACAGAGGUGGACUUUGCCUUCACGGUUUGGCAGAGCUUUCCAGAGCGGUUGGUGGGCUACCCGGCCCGGAGCCACUUCUGGGACAGUAACAAGGAGCGCUGGGGCUACACUUCCAAGUGGACCAACGACUACUCCAUGGUGCUGACCGGAGCUGCCAUCUACCACAGAUAUUACCACUUCCUGUACACAAACUUCCUGCCUGCCAGCCUGAAGGGCUUGGUGGACCAGCUGGCCAACUGUGAGGACAUCCUCAUGAACUUCCUGGUGUCAGCUGUCACCAAGCUGCCGCCCAUCAAGGUCACCCAGAAGAAGCAGUACAAAGAGACCAUGAUGGGACAGUCGUCACGGGCGUCGCGCUGGGCCGACCCGGACCACUUCGCCCAGCGGCAGACGUGCAUGAACAAGUUCGCCAGCUGGUUUGGCGGCAUGCCCCUGGUCCACUCCCAAAUGAGGCUGGACCCGGUGCUGUUCAAGGACCAGGUCUCCAUCCUGCGCAAGAAAUACAGGGACAUCGAGAGACUCUGACAGGAUGUGCGCCCCCUGCCAGAGAGGCCGUGGGAGGCGGUAGAAGCGGUAACAGCCAGAGACUCUGUGGAGAGCAGCCGUAGCCGAAGGAGGACCACGACAGUGGCAGUAGGACAGUCAGCCACCUGGAGCCUGAUCCUAGGCGGCGCUACAGCUCGGUCUUCCACUCAGCACAUUGCCAAUGACCACAGCAGCGCCAGGACUUGACAAGCAAAAUGGCGGUGUCUGGAGAACUAUAAGUAUACACUCAAAGAAUAUACGGAUCUAUAGUAUGUUCACAUAAACACACACAAAGACACUACUGAUGAUGAGACUCUUAGAUUUAUUUUAUUUUAUGCCACCAAGGAGCGAAUUACGACAUACUUUUUUUUUUCUUGCCACUCUCUGCACAUGUGCAGGAUGGUAGAGGAAGGGAGGUGUCCAACAUGGCAACCCAACCUCAGAUCAGAUCUGCCCCGGGCUGGUAACCUAGACUCAAUGCAACCCCUCCUAACCCCAUAUUGACUCCUUCAUGACCUCCCUAUGUCUGCAUCAGGACCCCUGACACACUCACCACCAGCCCCUGCUCUGGACCCUGGGAAACCAUGUUCCUCCAUUACUUUUGUUAUUUUUCUAACCAUACUUCCCUCCCAUGUGUACACUGGUCUGAAGCCUUGGGGUCUUAUCGUCCUAAGAACUGUCCCGUGAUUAAAUUAAAUUAUUUUACUGGAAGGACGGUUUAAAAGCCACCAUUUUCAAAUGGUGGCACUCAUAUUGCCAUGAGGCAGUCACAAACCCCACAGAAACAUCCACUCUAUGCUCAUUCCUUAAUUUUCUGGUGUUAGAUUUCUAUUUUUGUCGCAACGAUAAGCCAGAAGCAUAUCACAUUUUAAAUGUACCCUUUUUCCUUCCUUCACUUUUCUUCUCGUCUUUUUAUUUUCCCCUCAGAAGUUCAGCGCCAGUAUCUGUACAGAGGCUCAAAGUAGGCUCAUCCCACCAUAAGCCCAAACAGAGUACUUUCCCUUCGUCGGAAUGAGCAACAUGAACAUUUCUGGAUGAAAUGGAGCAGAACACUGCCUUCUAAACCAAACCCUUUUCACCCAUUUAUUAUCCCUGAAUUGCUUAUGAGCAAUACCGUGGCAGAAGGAGUUUAUGCUAAAUUUAGACCCUAAACAGGUCUUUAGUUGCCUGCGUCAUUUCCACAGGAGUGUUACAGAUUUCUGAAAUUUAAAUGUGAAAUGCGUCUGUUGUGCCAUGUCCUCGAAAUUCACAUUUAGGGCUGCCUUUUUUACAUUUCUUAUUGCACAUAUUUCCCGUAAAUCGAUAUCGAAAGCAGGAGAAGAUGCUAUCUAGUCGAAAUGCCCUCUGUAAUAUUCGUUGUUCUUCCUAGAUUCCCUCAUCAUAAUGAUGUUGGAGAAAUAGAAGCCUCAAAGCCAUUCGAUAGACAGAGCCAUCUCCUACACCAUUCGUCAGAGGACAUAUGUUUUCUGUUUAAUUAGAGAAAGACAUUUCAUUUGAAGUUUUGGUUUCCCUGGGGAGCAGCCCUUGAUGAAACCGUCUGUCUCUAUAUUUUCCAUCAUGUCUGACUCUGCUCUGGAUGCAGUGACCCACAACCUUGACCCUUUGGCUCUAGGCGUACAGUGAAAAGACAACCAGCUCCCUUUCACCUAGCCUUGUCAUUGUAAUGUUCUUCAGUACCCUCUUUGUCCAUAAUUUCUGUUGCUCCUAGUCUUCCCGUGAUGCUGUUGUACUCACAAUACUGAUUCAUCCCAGCUCAACUACAUUUGGCCUGACACAUUUUGUAGCCAGUUAGUGGUAAUGUGUAUUAUGGUCGAAUAGGAAAAACCUCUAUACUUUAUUUUAUUGAUCAAUUUCAAGGAAAUAGCUUUGAGAUGUGGAAGCUCAUUACUUUAUAGUGAUAUCCCAUUGUAAACAAGCUUUUGUCUUUGUACCACACCAGAGCCCUGCCAGUCCACUCGAACAGGUACUUGAAUGUCUGAAGACUUAAAGGAGCGUAGUGUGCUUUAGUUGCCUUUUUAUUGUGAAGGUGACUGAACUUAAAAGGCCAGUUUCCCAGACAUGGAUUAAACCUAGUCCUGGAACAAAAAAUUAUUCUCAAUGGAGAUAUUCCAUUGAAAGUGCAUUUUAGUUCAGAACUAGGCUGUAUCUGGCUCCGAGAAACCGGCCAAUAGUGUGUCAGCUGUGAGCCAAAGCUCAACAAUCCGUUUUCUUCUCCCCCUUCGUUGUAUCCGCGUCAUUUCUUAUCGAGGUCGUUGUAGACUCCUUCACAUUGAUUUAGUUGUUUUCACCUUCCAUAUCAGGAUACAAUCAAUGGAGGUCAGUGUCCACUAAGUGUAUAUGCCAAUGAGUUGAUAUUGUGUCAUCGGUGGGCCUGGCCCAUCCACUCUUGUCAUUUUCAAUUAUCAGCAUAACACUUAAUACUGCAGUACAGUUAGAUUUAGUACAGUUUCAAAGCUGGUUUAUUGUCAAUAUAUUGUUUUUUCACUAGAUUUUUCAAUAUCAUGUAUUUUCUUUCUGGAAAUGUACUCGGGAGAAGGAGUUUGGAAUGAACUUGUAUGACUUGAUAUUGGCCAAGAGAGAUUUACGUUGUAUUUGAUGUUGACUUACAGCAAGCCUUGGAUCUCUUGGCACUAGACAGGCAUCUCAAUGAUUAUGAAAAAUGUUGGCCCGCAUCUGGUCCCCUUUUGAAGUUCAGUAAACCAUCUUUGUUUGAAUUCGUAUCAAGCUUUUUUCUAUCUAUGAUUGUCUGAACGAACUUGUUAUAUUAUCUCAAGAGCGAAAGUCCCCAGCCUUGCACAUUGACUUCACGGGCAAAACCAGAGACAUUUCAGAAGACCUUAACUGUCAUUUCUGUACAUAAACAUGUAUAUUUAUUUUCAUAUGUGAGCAAAACCAGACAGUGUAUAGUAUGAAAUGACGGGGGGAAAUAACAGGAUUUCUUGGCUGAAGGAACAGUUGAUGAGCAAAAAAAAAAUUAGAUUUUGUAAAAUGUACAUUUCUUUAAUUUUUUUCACAUUGUUGCCAAUAUAUAUUUUUUUAUUUCCACGGAAUAAAAACAUCCCUUUUGCUUUUAAAAUCUUCCUAUAUAGAAAUACAUUUGUGUUACCAUGUCAUUUAAUUCGUAAUCACCAUGGAGACAAGAUUAUACCAAUAAUCUAGAAUUGGAUUUGCUGUGAGCAUUUCGAUGUGAACAAAAGCAACAAUGGCACCUGGGUCUCUUGAACAGAUCGAGGGUUUUCGUUUGUUGCUGUAAUAUGUAUCUUAGAUUCACCAUAAUGUUUUUUGUGUCACUGUCCACAUCUGCAUACUCAUUGAUGUAUUGGGGGAAACUGUCGAUUCUCUGACUGUCAUAUCUGGUACAAAUAUACUCAACUCAAAACAGUAAUGUUGAAUGAAAUAGAAAUAUGACCUUGUAAUACAACUCUCAUUUAAACAUGUCCUUCCAUAAAACCAUAGGAUACCAGACAUUCUAUGGUUUACCAAUGCAUGGCAUCUGUAUCAGUGUGAUUGGAUGUGCAGGAUGGUUAUCUGUCCUUGAUUGUGCCUUUUUAUAAAAUUUAGGUUUUUGAGCUCAUGGUAACAAACUGCCAUUUUGACCGUCAGUCAGAAGAGGAGCACCAUAUAGGGCUCUCAUUCCCCUUGACAUACACUGGAGUUUCAUCACCGCUGUCAUUCAUCCGUGACCGCUCUUUUCUGUUGGAUAUUAAACUGUGGUGACGACCAACAACGCGCCUGCAUGACCACUUCUAUGGAAUUAUUUAUCAGUACUUAACUGUAUCAGACAGACAAUAUAUUUUGUAAUGACUUAAUUUGCUCCCAGCUGUCCUGAUGCCUUCCUCCCGCCUACCUUGUAAUUAACAAAUGACUUUUAUAGAGGUAAAUGAAAUAGAAACAUGCCAAUUUUGUAAGAAUGAUUUAUAUAAAAAUAAAAAUAAAUUGAUCAUU